AUGAACAAGAAGCUGGUGAAGCAAUCUCGGAGCAAUGUAGAGAGAUAUUGCCUGACAUUUGCCUUACAUACGAGGCAAAAGGUUCGUACUUCAAAGUUUCAAGGCCAAUGUACGAUCCGGGGUCUCUGUUCCUAUCAUCUUCUUUCCAAAUACUUCGGUUUUCUUGUCAACGACAAGAGCAAAUCAUUGGACACCGAUUUCGGUUAUCUUAUCUAUGUCUUCCAGAAUUUGGGGUUGUGCAACUGGCCGAUUUUGCGCGCUUCCAGUCAUCCUGAACAAGAUAAUUCUCCAACCUUCUCCCCACUUCAUGUCGAUACAAAUGUGACGGCCCAUCAGUUACCGAGAACCCUUCCGGCUACGAUCCUCGAACCUGGUCGAACGAUGCGUCUGCUACAGUCAGAUGGCGAUGACAACCUGAGCCUGGUCGAGUUCUUUGGAGACGACAUGCCCAAAUAUGCUAUACUUUCACACAGAUGGGAAACGGGGGAAGUCACGUUUAAAGAUAUGAUGGACGGCACGAGUAAAAGCAAGGCUGGCUACGGUAAGAUACAGUUCUGCGGAGCACAGGCGAGGCGUGAUGGCCUGGAAUACUUCUGGGUAGACACAUGCUGUAUCGACAAAUCGAGCAGUGCCGAGCUCUCUGAAGCUAUCAACUCUAUGUUUCGUUGGUACCAGAAGGCGACUAGAUGCUACGUUUACUUAUCCGAUGUUUCGAUACGAAAGCGGAAAGAAAGUGAUAGGUCUGCCGAGUAUACUUGGAAAUCUGCUUUCCGAGCAAGCAAAUGGUUUACACGAGGCUGGACCUUACAAGAGCUCCUUGCUCCAAGAUCAGUGGAAUUCUUCUCCCGGGAGAGCAAUCGACUCGGUGAUAAAGAAACUCUCGAGCAGCAAAUCCACGAGAUUACGGGAGUCCCUGCCACGGCGCUUCGAAAAAGCCCUCUCUCCCAGUUCGACGUCGAUGAGCGAUUCUCCUGGGCAAAAAGUCGACAAACCACACGCGCGGAAGACAAGGCAUAUUCGCUUUUUGGCAUUUUCGAUGUCCAGAUGCCACUACUUUAUGGCGAAGGAGAGGUCAAGGCGUUUCAGCGACUGCGAGACGCAGUCGAUAAACCUUUCAAGGGUCCUGAGAAAGACCUACUCAGCCUCCUCCCCUUUGCAAUAAAUGCACCCUUCAACUCCCGCGACCACGAACACGAACCUGCCUGCCUUCCUGAAACGCGCGUCGACCUUCUACAAGAGAUAUAUGGCUGGGCUGAUGGAAGAGAUGGGCAAGAUGAGCAACGUAUCUUCUGGCUCAACGGCCUGGCUGGGAUGGGAAAGUCAACCAUCUCCCGCACUGUCGCGCACGAAUACAACAAGCAGAAGCGUCUUGGAGCCAGCUUCUUCUUCUCGAAGGGUGGUGGAGAUGCGGGUCAUGCUGGCAUGUUCUUUACAACUCUAGCGGCGCAGCUCGCUAGAGUUGUGCCAUCCCUUCGGCAGUACAUCUGUGAGGCUGCUAAGAACCGGAACGAUAUUGCAAGCCUGUCCCUCUCGGAGCAGUGGCAUCAGCUUGUUCUCAAUCCACUAUCAAAUCUACACAGCGAGUCAUGUCAGACUUACAUUAUUGUUGUCGACGCGCUUGAUGAGUGUGAGGUUGAUAAAGAUGUCCGGAUCAUUCUGCAGCUUCUAGCUGAAGCUCGAUCGUUGACGACAGUACAGCUUCGCAUCUUUUUGACGAGCAGACCUGACGUUCCAAUUCGACACAGCAUACGUGCUAUCCCACAAGCCGAACACCAGGACUUCGUACUCCACAACAUACAGCCAGCAAUUAUCAACCAUGAUAUCUCUCUUUUCUUGGAACACCAUCUAGGGAUGAUAGGGCGAGAGUGGACUCUUGGAUCCGAAUGGCCAGGCGGAGAAGUUCUUAGACAGCUGGUUGAACAUGCUAGUGGGCUCUUUAUCUGGGCGUCGACGACGUGUCGGUUCAUCCGUGAGGGGAGGCGAUUUGCACGCAAGAGACUGGACACAAUUCUCAAGGGUAGCAGUAGUGCUGUUACUGCACCAGAGAAACACCUUGAUGAAAUCUAUCUUGCUGUCCUCAAGUACUCGAUCUCCUCGGACUAUUCGGACGAAGAGAAAGAAGAGGCAUGCCAUAUUUUGAAGCACACCGUUGGAAGUAUAGUGGUGUUGCUCUCACCUCUUUCUACCUCUUCGCUCAGCAGGCUACUACGCCUUUCAAAGGAAGAAGUGGACCAGACACUUGGAGAUCUUCAUGCGAUCCUUGAUAUUCCAGAGGCUCCAACUUACUCAAUCCGCCUACACCAUCCUUCAUUUCGCGACUUCCUCCUCAAUCAAGAUCGAUGUGGAGAUUUUUGGGUGAAUGAGAAGGAGGCCCACCAGAUGUUAGCUACGCGGUGUAUACAAUUGAUGUCCCAGACACUCAAGGAAGACGUUUGCGAAAUGCAUGCUCCAGGUAGUCGCCCCAGCCAAGUUGAAAGCAGUCGUCUUCAAAAAUGCCUUCCGCUUGAAGUUCAAUACGCAUGCCUCUACUGGGUACAGCAUCUGCAAAGGGGUAAUUCUCAGGUUUGUGAUAGCGAAGAAGCCCACUGGUUUUUGCAGGCUCAUUUACUGCACUGGUUUGAAGCGCUUGGCUGGAUGGGGAAGGCUUCAGAAGGAGUUCAAGCAAUACUUGCUUUAGAGGCUUAUAUUCCUUUUGACAGAAGUCCCAAGUUGUACGCAUUCAUUUACGACGCUAAGCGAUUUGCCUUAUAUAACCGAUCUAUCAUUGAACAAGCACCCCUCCAGUUAUACUCUUCAGCCCUUAUCUUCGCCCCAGAGAUGAGCGUUAUUCGGAGACAAUUUGAAGGUUCUGUCCCGACUUGGAUUCAGAGGAAACCCAAAGUACAAGCAUAUUGGAAUGCUGCAUUGCAUACGCUCGAGGGCCACACUGGUUCGGUCGAGUCAGUAGCCUUCUCAUGGGACGGCAAGCAGGUCGUGUCUGGUUCACGAGAUAAAACAGUGCGGCUCUGGGACGUGGCUACGGGAACACUGCUCCAAACGCUUGAAGGCCACACUGACUGGGUCUAUUCCGUGUCCUUCUCACGUGAUAGUAAGCAAGUCGUAUCUGGAUCAUUGGAUUGGACAGUGCGGCUUUGGGACGUGGCUACGGGAGCAUCACUCCAGACGCUCAGGGGCCAUACUAAACUAGUCUCUUCUGUUGGUUUCUCAAGCGAUGGCAAACAGAUUAUAUCUGGAUCACUCGAUCAAACGAUACGGCUUUGGGACGCGACUAUGGGAGCACUGCUCAAAACGCUCGAAGGCCACACUGGUUCGGUCAAGUCAGUAGCCUUCUCAUGUGAUGGCAAGCAUGUUAUAUCUGGAUCAGGCGAUUAUACAGUGCGGCUUUGGGACGCGACUACGGGAGCACUGCUCAAAACGCUUGAGGGACACACUGGCGCGGUCAAUUCCGUGUCUAUCUCACGUGAUAGCAAGUGUGUUUUGUCUGGAUCUGAUGAUCAGACAUUACGGCUCUGGGAGGCGGCUACGGGAGCACUGCUCCAGACGCUCGAGGGCCAUAGUAGCAAUGUUUUAUCGGUGGCCUUCUCACGCGAUGAUAAGAAGGCUGUGUCUGGAUCAGUCGAUCGUACAGUGCGGCUUUGGAAUGUGGCUACAGGAGUACUGGAUCAGACACUCGAGGGUCACACUGACUGGGUCUAUUCCGUGUCCUUCUCAAGUGACAGUAAUCAGGUCGUAUCUGGAUCAGGCGAUCAGAUGGUGCGUCUCUGGGAUACGGCCACAGAAGCAGCGCUUCAGAUGCCCGAGGGUCACACUAGCCAAAUUUGUUCUAUAGCCUUCUCACAUGAUGGCAAGCAAGUUAUAACUGGAUCAGGCGAUUAUACAGUGCGGCUCUGGGACGCGACUACAGGAACACUGCUCAAAACGCUCGAUGGCCACACUAGCAGGGUCCUAUCAACAGCUUUUUCAUAUGAUAGUAAGCAAAUUGUGUCUGGAUCCGAGGAUAAAACAGUACGGCUCUGGGAUACGGCUACGGGAGUAUUACUCCAGAUAUUCGAGGGCCAUACUGACGGGAUCUAUUCCGUGUCCUUUUCAAGUAAUGGCCAUCAAGUCGUAUCUGGAUCAGGGGAUUGGACGGUGCGACUUUGGGACGCGGCAACAGGAGCCUUACUCCAGAUACUCAAGGGCCACACUGGCUUGAUCUCGUCAGUUACCUUCUCAUACGAUUGCAAUAGAAUCAUAUCUGGAUCAUGGGAUUGGACAGUGCGGCUCUGGGAUGCGGCUACAGGAGCAUUGCUCCAGAUAAAGGGCCAUAUCAACUCAGUCUCGUCUGUAGUCUUCUCACGCGACGGCAAACAGGUUAUAUCUGGAUCUGAUGAUGGGACGGUAUGGCUCUGGGACGCGGCUACGGGGGCAAUACUCCAAACGCUAGAGAGCCAUAGUGCCUUUUCCCCUAGCGGUAAGAUAUGUCCCACCUUGCAAGUAUCUGGUCAAUGGGUAUUAGAAGGUAACACGAAGAUUUUGUGGCUGCCUCCCGAUCAUCGCCAAUGUCAAUUAGCCACGUGGAACAGAUAUCUUGUUUUAGGGCAUUCUUCAAGGAGAAUAUCAUUGUUCUACUUUAACAAAGCAGCACAACUUGUCAUGUAA